GCUAUGGCGACCGACCGGUCACUUCCCACUCCCCAGUUCCCAGUGAACAGAGCAGGAGCAGCCUCCACUCCUCCUCUGCCACUCCACUCCCCACCACCACUCGCAUCACCAUCCAUCCAUCCAUCUCCAACCCAAGCCGAAUCACACCAAUCGCCAUCGCCAUCGCCAUCGCCGUGCGUGGUCGCCGGUGCCGGCGGCGGAGGGGGAGGGGGACCAAGGGAAAAGAGAGAAGGUGAGCUGAGCUGAGCUGAGGUGAAGUGGUGCUGAGGCGAGUGACUGGGGGGCAAUGGCAGCGGCGUGGGUGCUGGCCGCGGCGGCGGCGUUGGCGCUGUGGGCGGCGGCGGCGGAGGGGGCAAGGUCGCCGGCGGCGAGGGUGCACCGGCACCUCAAGAGGCUCAACAAGCCGGCCGUCAAGAGCAUCGAGAGCCCAGAUGGAGACAUCAUCGACUGCGUGCAUCUCUCUCACCAACCAGCAUUUGAUCAUCCCCUACUCAAGAACCAUACUCUCCAGAUGAGGCCGGCCUACCACCCUGAAGGCUUGUAUGAUGAUGACAAGAGAAGCGUGGCCUCUGACAAUGCCGGCGAGAAGCCGAUGCUCCAGCUAUGGCAUCAAAAGGGGAGGUGCCCGGAGGGCACCGUCCCGAUCAGGAGAACGAAGAAGGAUGAUCUGCUCAGAGCGAGCUCGUUGCGGCGGUAUGGCAGGAAACGGCAUACCGCCGUGAACCCGCUGUCCAUUGAUCCCAACAUGCUCAAUGAGGGUGGUCACCAACAUGCCAUAGCGUAUGUGGAGGGGGAUAAGUACUAUGGUGCCAAGGCCACCAUUAAUGUGUGGGAGCCCAAGAUUCAGCAGCCUAACGAGUUCAGCCUGUCCCAGCUCUGGAUCUUGGGGGGUUCAUUUGGUGAGGAUCUCAACAGCAUCGAGGCCGGGUGGCAGGUCAGCCCAGACCUCUAUGGAGAUAAUAACACUAGGCUGUUCACAUACUGGACUAGUGAUGCUUACCAAGCAACAGGGUGCUACAACAUAUUGUGCUCCGGAUUCAUUCAGAUCAACAGCGAGAUCGCCAUGGGCGCGAGCAUCUUCCCCAUCUCGAACAUCGCCGGCUCACAGUAUGAUAUCAGUAUUCUGAUCUGGAAGGACCCAAAGGAAGGAAACUGGUGGAUGCAGUUCGGCAGGGAGUAUGUCCUCGGCUACUGGCCGUCCUUCCUCUUCUCCUACCUCGUCGACAGUGCGUCGAUGGUCGAGUGGGGCGGGGAGGUGGUGAACUCGGAGCCCGACGGCACGCACACGUCGACGCAGAUGGGGAGCGGGCGGUUCCCGGAGGAAGGGUUCGGCAAGGCGAGCUACUUCAAGAACAUCCAGGUGGUGGACAGCAGCAACCAGCUGAAGGCCCCCAAGGGGGUGGGCACCUACACCGAGCAGUCCAAUUGCUACGAUGUUCAGAACGGCAACAAUGGCGACUGGGGCACCUACUUCUACUAUGGCGGCCCGGGGAAGAACUCGAAUUGCCCAUGAAUUUGGUGAUGAAGAAGCUGAUGAUAUAUAUAUAUUUAUAUAUAUAUAUAUAAUAUAUGGUGAAGUGUGCAAGUGUAACCAAGCAUUAAUCAUGUGUGGAAUACAGAUUGAUCUGCAUCUGUUUCUUAAUUUAGCCCUAGGUAGUAUAUGUGUAUCUUUCCUACUGAUUUUCUUUUUCUUCUCUUCAUUAGUUUUUUCUUCUUCUUUUUCUGAUGUGCCAUGUAAAAGUUUCUGAAGAGAAGCAUGGCGUGAGGUGGUGGUGCAGGGGUGAUGAUGACAAUUGAUUUGUGGGUAAUUUGCAAGUCAAACGGCUUGUGAUCAGUACUACAAAUUUAUUAGCUGUUGUGUUA